CAGACGAAUAACAAAGCCGAAGUUUGUAAGCCAACCUCAUUUAUAAUAUACAGGCUUCGUAUAUCGUGUAGUCAAACGAAAGGAUAUAUAUAUUCGCUGUGUCGUCGACCAAAUAUCUUGACUUGUCUCAUCAGACAUCAGCAACCACCACAACAUCAUCAUCAUCUCAAUCACCAAGCCUCUGCUCUCUCUCCUCAUCUUUACAAUGUCAUUCCAACUUGAGCCAUAUCAGCCAGAGGUCUCAAAUGACUACCUGAUUUGCAAUACCUGCGGAACUCAGUUUCCCACAACCAACCGCAAAGCCGUCAAGACUUGUCACAUCUGCGACGACCCGCGCCAAUAUGUUCCCCCCUCGGGCCAAUCUUUCACCACUAUGAACCAUCUUAUUCCCGUCUACAAGAACAUCUUCGUUCCUGAUAGAGAUGAUCCCAGAAUCAUUUACAUCCAGACCACUCCUGGAUUCGCCAUCAACCAGCGUGCAAUUCUGAUCAAGACUCCCACCGGCAACGUGCUCUGGGACUGCCUCACCUUUCUUGAUGCAGACACCAUCAACACUAUUCGGAAAAUGGGCGGUCUUCGAGCCAUUGCCAUCAGCCAUCCUCAUUACUACUCUACACACGCCGAUUGGGCGCGCGCCUUUGAGUGCCCUGUGUACUUGGCAUCGGAGGAUAUGGAGUGGACGACACAGCGCUCUUCGCACCAAGUGCCGGUGACGGACAUUGACACUGAUAUUUUUGACACUGGCGUUAAGCUGAUUAAGCUUGGCGGACACUUUGACGGAUCCAUGGUGGCCUUGUUUGAAGGCCGUUUGCUUAUUGCCGAUACUCUCAUGACGUCGCCAUCGGGCAUUGGAAAAUGGGAUGUCAACGCGCUGGGCGAGAAGCGCGAAAAGCCGCCAGGUCUGAACAGCUUCUCCUUCCUCUGGAGCAUUCCAAACAGAAUCCCAUUGAGCGCCGACGAAAUGAUGCGCAUGUGGCGCAUCCUGAGCAAGUAUGAGUUUACUUCGACACAUGGCGCCUUUCCCGGCAUGGACAUUACCGCUGCCGAUCUCAAGAGGAGAGUGUUGGAUAGCAUGCAGAUUCAGACAAAGUUUAUGGGAUGGACGGAACAUCCAUUAAUGAGCGAGACUUGCUAGGUCCAAUUGGCAUUGUUAGUCUGACUUGUAUUGGGGGAUGUAGUAGUAGGAUGCAUGGCUGGCGCAGUGGUUGAGAAGUAGAGCGAGAU